AUGGCCUUCACCAAGACCCUCAUACCUUCGUCCAUCCUCCGAGGCCUUCAAUCCCUCCUCGCUAUCGUAGUCCUAGGCUUGAGUGUGACCCUUAUCAAAGGCCACAAUCCUGAUCACUAUAAAGACUUAUCCGGCGUACCGAAACUCCUCUUCCUCGCAGCGUGCAUCGGCGGUCUCACGCUUGCCGGAGCCAUCACUGGUUUUGUGUUGGCAUGCACAGAGUUCUUGCGAGGCUACUUCGAAGUACUCAUCGACAUUGUAGUCUUAUUGGCGAAUCUUGUCGGCGGAGUGAAUGAUUCGGCUGACGAAUGCUAG